UCACCUUCACUGUGCACUUGUUGAUAUUAAUCAUAUGGAACUUUACAUUUGUCAGAAUAUGCUGAUUAGCUUGAAAAUGCUGGUCAUUCAACGUGCUAAAGUAAUUGGUUAUGAGGAACUAGCCACGAAAUUUGAUCUGAAGAUGCUUAGAGCUCUUGCUCUUGUUUUGAUGGAGCAUCUGAAAGGAAACGUUGAAAAGUCAUCUCAUAUCUCAGACUUGGACAAUUCAACUUCUUUCAUGCAUGGUUGCAGUUUAUUGCAGUCUAAACUUAUGGACAUCUUGAGCAUUCAGGAUCUAAAAACACGUAUUGGUAUUGAUGAAAGGAAAAAACCGGUGAAAAGACCACGUGAAGACGAUGCGGUGAAACAGAAGAAAUGAUUGGGACAAACAUAUUAUGCAGCCAAACAAAGGGUCCAGUUGAAUUUUGACGUGGUAUCAGUUGCAGGUCCUACGAUGUAAAAUUUGACAGCGAAUCGACUAAUAUUAUUAAUCCUUUUUGGAAUGAAGAAUUUACUUUGUUUCUGCCUUCCUUUAUCUACUGCUGAAAGUUUUGACUGUCUGCUACUCAUCGCCGGGGAGAAUAUUAGCCGUCCCUUGCAGGGUUGGGAUAUUUGAAGCUGUUAAAAGAGGCAGCAAGAACCAAGAGUUUACCUGAGGUUGGAUUUCCAUUGAACUAGUAUUAUAGGAGUUGGCAAUAAAAUACAUUUUAUUAAACAGAGACAGAAAACAGGUAAUUUUUUAUUUUAUUUUUCAGAUAGUCUAUUAGGUUCUUGAUUUUUUAUUUUAAGGAGUGCAUUGGUAAGAAUACAUACCUGAAAUUAGAAAGCUUAUCUUUAGAAAAAAAAAAAAAAAAGGAAA